GCUUUGGUAACCGGGGGUUGCUCAGACUUGCUCGGGACUUCCCCGGACGUGCCGGUGCGCUCCGCCGCCCCGGGCACCGACGGGCACCGGAGCAGGCCAUGCCGCCGCCGCCGCUGCUCCCGAUGCUCCCGCUGCUGCUCGUGCUCUGCCCGCUCCUGCCCCGCGCCGACCCGCUCUCCUACCCCGCCGUGAUUUCCCCCCAAGACCCCACGCUGCUGAUCGGUUCCUCGCUGGUGGCCACAUGCACGGUCAGCCCGGACUUUCCGCUGAAAGCCGAGGAUCUGUACUGGACUCUGAACGGGCGGCGCCUCCCGGCCGCGUCCUACGCUGCCCUGGGCCCCUCCACGCUCAGCGUGGCCCUCGCUCGCCUCAACGGCUCCAGGCAGCAGUCAGGGGACAACCUGGUGUGUCACAGCAGAGACGGCGGCAUCCUGGCCGGCUCCUGCCUUUAUGUUGGAUUACCCCCAGAAAAACCAGUCAACAUCACCUGCUGGUCCAAAAACAUGAAGGACCUGACCUGCAAGUGGGUGCCGGGGACAGAAGGGGAGACUUUCCUGCACACCAACUACACCCUCAAGUACAAGCGCAGGUGGUACGGCCAGGACAACACCUGCCAGGAAUACCACACUGCCGGGACCUACUCCUGCCACAUCCCCAAGGACCUGGCCCUCUUCACGCCCUACGAGAUCUGGGUGGAGGCGUCCAACCGCCUGGGGGUGGCCGUGUCCGAUGUGGUCAUGCUGGACAUCCUGGACGUGGUGACCACGGACCCCCCGUCCGACGUGCACGUCAGCAGGGUGGGCGACCUGGAGGACCAGCUGAGCGUGCGCUGGAGCUCCCCGCCGGCCCUCAAGGAUUUCCUCUUCCAAGCCAAGUACCAGAUCCAAUACCGGGUGGAGGACAGCUCCGAGUGGAAGGUGGUGGAUGACGUGGGCAACCAAACCUCGUGUCGCUUGGCCGGCCUGCGCCCCGGCACCGUCUACUUCGUCCAGGUGCGCUGCAAUCCCUUCAGCAUCUACGGCUCCAAGAAAGCCGGCAUCUGGAGCGACUGGAGCAACCCCACGGCCGCCUCCACCCCACGCAGCGAGCGAGUGGCGGGGGGCUGCGACCCCAAAGGGGGCGAGCAGAACACGACGCUGCGGCGGGAGCUGAAGCAGUUUUUCGGGUGGGUGAAGAAACACGCCUACGGCUGCUCCAACCUCGGCAUCAAACUCUACGACCAGUGGCGCGUGUGGCUGCAGAAAUCGCACAAAACACGCAACCAGGUAGGUUCUUCCCGGCGAUAAGCUGUAGCCCGCGGGGGAGCGAGCGCCGGCAGGAUGGGACGGGGCGCCCGGCGCCCACCCGGGACCGCCCGCGCCCGCCCCGGCCCCGCCGCGGGGG